AUGAAAAGCGCAGAAUAUAUAAAAGCUAACAAUGACUGGUUAGAUGCCCAAGCCAACGCCAAAGCAGCCCAACUCAUAGGGUCAAUAAGGACAAAAAUACAAGCGGAUGAAGACAGUUCAAAUGAAGCUUUAACGAAUGCUGACUUUAAGAACGCCUUCGAAGCUCUUCAUAGUAAGGUGAAACAAGUGAACGAUUUCUCAUCUGGAAAGAAACUGAAGUCUGAAGGUUUCGACAAAGAGUUAAAAGAAGUAGCACAAAAUAUGACGAAAAUAACAGAUGCAGCAACGAGACAGGCAGUUCAAAGUGCCUAUGACGCCGUUAGAGCAACUGUUGUGAAAAGUCAAGAAAAAGAGUUACAACAGACCAAAACAGACCUAGUAAAUGCUUUCUUAAAAACGAAAAGUCAGGUAGGACAUUACGCUGCAGAUGGAACAUAUGUGCCAGCUGGUGGAACUUAUAUACCAGCUGGUGGAACUUAUAUACCACCAAACCCUCCAAGAGAAGCACCUGCACCAGGACUACCUAAAACAUUUACAUCGUCACAUGGACACAGACACAGGCAUGCACCAAAACCAACACAACAACCAACAGUUCAAAAUCCAGCACAACAACAACAACCAACACAACAACCAACAGUUCAAAAUCCAGCACAACAACCAACAGUUCAAAACCCUGCACAACAACCACCUCCACAAACAGAGCAAGGACAUAAAAGAAGUAGAGAACAAGGAAACCAAGAAUUCUUAAAAAUGCUUAAAGAAGACUAUGGUUACCCAGAUACUAUUGACUUUAGUGACAGAUAUAAAGAAGCUAUUCGAAAGUUCAAGGAUGGAAAUACUGACCCGAACCUAUUUAGCUUUAUGGCUCUGCACCAAAGGGGAUAUAAUCUCAAACCUGGAAAAUACAAGCUCGCUAAGGGAUAUGAUUUAAUAGCAUAUCAUCCAAAUGACAUGAACGAAUUUACUCCGAGAUAUUUGAUGUCAGAGCUAAAUGACAAUUUAACUCUCUUCAUGAAACGCGUAAAAAAUAGAGACGGAACGAAAGAAGAAAG